UGGUGGGCUUCCAACAGCUAUGGUGCUACACGCUCUCACAACGCCACACUGAUUGUAGCUACCCUCUCCAAUGAUUUUCAGAGACAGGCCGAACCCAUAGUAAAGACCUGCAUUGGGGACUCUAUCUCCUUGCCCUGCCAACCACCCAAGGGCACCCCUCAGCCAGAGUUGACUUGGUUCAGGGAUGGUCGCCAGGUGACCAACUCUAGCCGUGUCAGUGUCUCUCAAGCAGGUGACCUGGUCAUCAACAAGGUCAUCAAAGAAGACUCUGCAACCUAUGUGUGUAGAGUCAGAAAUGCUGCUGGCACCAGGGAGUCCACACCCACACAACUCACUGCCAUGAUACCACCUUGGUUUGAGGAGCGGCCAUCAAACAUCACUGCCCCAUCAGGAGUAGUGGUGGAGCUAGCAUGUCGAGCACAAGCUUCUCCUACUCCUACAGUGACCUGGCGCCGUCUGGAUGGCAAGAUGCCACUGGGACGUGCUAGGAUAGAUGGUCAACGAUUGGUGUUAGAGCAAGUGGAGACUGUUGACUCAGGUGUUUAUGCUUGUGAGGUGGAGAAUGAGGCAGGAAUUGCCUCUGCCCAAGCCACACUCACUAUCGUCAAUGCACCUCAGCUGUUACAGCGACCACAGGACAUUCAGGUGAUGGCUGGUAAAAAUGCACAGAUCUCCUGCCAGGUAGAGGGAAGACCUCAGCCUCUGGUGAUGUGGCGUCUCCCAGCACUGGACAGAACAGCUCUUCUAUUACCAGGACUGAGCAGGGGUCAUGCUUCUGUUUCUGAUGAUGGCUAUACCCUCAUGAUAGAAAAAGCAUCUAUGCAAGACAGUGGUACUUACCACUGCUGGGGUGUGAGCAAUGGUGGUGGUGUAAGUGUGCAAGCAGAGCUGAUUGUGGUACCAUCUCAUCCACCACCUGUAAUAGGUGUUGGGCCUCAAGAUAAGACAGUUGCACCAGGAAGUGAUUUGACCUUGCCUUGUGAGGUUGUUAGUGAGGCAGCUGAAGCUACCAUCUCUUGGUCGUACCGUCCAGCAUUUCACCUGCCACCCCGUCAACUUUCACAAGACACUGUUGACCCCUGGAUCUCUGUCCUGGACAAUGAUGCCCUAGUAAUUAAGAAUGUGCGUCUUGAUGAUUCGGGCAUCUACACUUGUCGAGCUACAGCAGAUACUGGCACUGUGGAACAGGCAGCAGUGCUCCGAGUAGAACCUGAUGCCAGUUUUAUUGAAACUUUGCAGCUACCAGCACCUCCCACCAAGCCACGUCUUAUGUCCAUGAACCAAACAGCAGUACUUUUAAGCUGGCUUCCCAAUUCUCAAGUGACUGAAGAAUGGGGUCAAUGGUACACAGUGGAGUACUGGAGACAAGGUUGGGAUGAAUGGCGUGUGGCUGAUGCUGUCAUGAUGCAGGAGUCAUGUGUGGUGAGACACCUCACUCCAGGACACACCUACACCUUCCUGGUCCGUGCUGUCAACAACAGAGGAGCAUCGUUCCCCAGCCCCUGGUCAGACCCAGUCACUACCGAGCUUCCCCGUGACCCCAGCCUUGCUGUGGACCAGGUACGCCAGGCUCACCACCGCCUCUCUCAUCCCAUCAUCAUCCUCACUGAUGCUGCCAUCACUGCUCCUCACAGUGUGUUGCUCACCUGGGAUUUCCUGGCUUCGACAGAUGUGUCUGUGGAAGGUGUGCUGGUGUACUCUGUGACCAAGACUGGCACUGUUCAAGUGGCCACUGUCCUGGGUACCUCGUCCUCCUCCCACCUCAUGCACCACCUGAGUUCCAACACUCACUACACCUUCUUCAUGGUCCCCUUCUGGCACAGCAUAGAGGGAACGCCUUCCAACUCUCAGUCACUCACCACACCAGAGGAUGUUCCAGCAUCAGCUCCUGGAGACGUGCGCAUAACAGUGCUUGAGGAUAGUUCUGUGCUCAUCAGGUGGUCACAUAUAAGUGCCGAGGAUGCCCGAGGAAAGUUGGUGGGCUACAAGGUAACAAUAAGUUACAAUGGUAGCCAAACCACAGAGACAGUGAUGAAGCCCUGGCUGGAAGCUCGCAGUCUCUUACCUGGCCAUCUCUAUACUGUGCGCGUGGCAGCUCUUACAGCAGCAGGUCCUGGGCCCUUCAGUGAUCCAGUCUUGCUGGAUGCUGGGCCCAAUGAUGCCCACAUCAUUCAUGGUAAUGUAGACAGUAGUGGUUCUGUAAUAUAUGCAUCACCACAGCCACAGUGGCUAGUGUACUUGCUGAUACCUCUAGUAUUGUUGGUGUUCAUGAUCACCUUAGUGUAUAUUAGGCAGCUCCAUAAAAAAGCUUCAUCCUCAAACCCGCCUCAAGUAUCCACUAUCUACCAAGACCCGUCCAUCUACCCAGAUCAAAACUCUAUCAAUAUGUAUGGCGAGAAUAAAUUGUGGCAUCCCUCAGAGAGUGACAAGGACUCUAGUGUGUCAUCAGCUCGACUUUUCCAUCCACAUAAACAGAUGAACGAGUAUGCAGAACCACGAGUGCAGGAGCUUGAUGAUUCAACAGAACUGUACGUCACAACAGCAUUACUAACACCACCUUCACCUAACCUGAAUUACAAUAUUCCCUGGCAACAUCAAGGUGAUGAUUCUAGAGUCCAGGUCAACUGGGGUGCAUUCCUUCCUCCUCCACCUGCCUGUCCACCACCACUUGACCUAGAUGACCUGGCUAAUGGCAGUAACCACCAAGGUCCCAACAAAACAUCUCCAGAUUCCCAACAUGACAAUAACUGCAGGUUCGAGGAGUGUGAGCGAGCAUACAGUGAUGCCUCUGAACACACCUAUGAUGUGUAUACACAGGUAAUGCCUGUUGAGUGUCAGGAUGGACUCCUCACCUUCAAUACAAAGCUGGAACGUGACUGUCGUAAAGUCAAAGUUGAGUGUCACCCUUCACUUUCUGCGGAUCCACCAUGAAGCAACACACUAAUACCAUGCUGCUGUUCAACAAAUCUACCAUACACAGACCGGACUAGCUAACUCAUAUAUAUAACAAAAGCAUAACAUCAGCAUCAGUUGAUUCUGCAGACUUACUAGUUAGUAGCACAUGCUAGAACCAAUUCAACAGAGUCAUCAGAUGCUAGUGCAUGCUUUCUAGCUGAGCGAGUAAUGCUAGUACCCAUGUCUGGUUUCGAGAGUUCUACUCUCGAAGCCUAGCCUGUGGCCUGACUUUAUUGUUGUCUGACCGUGACCUGCUGCUGCUGCUAGUGACCUGCAGGUAUACAUAGCCAUCAUAACUUGGAUGAUUUUCAUGUAUAAGGAAAAUUAUCCAAAAACCCUCUGUGCAAAAGGAAACUUGACAAGUUUUCAAGCUGGUUUAUGAUGAGUUAAGUUUUGGUACCUAUAUUGGACUGCAUGUGGAUAGCACCAACAGCCUGGUUAAACAGGCCAUCAACAAGGAUACCUUGUCAGUGGCCGCACCACAGGGAUGGUGACCACUGAAAUUAUCUUCAGGUAAUCUCUCAUGAAAUCUGUAGUAUCUGGCCAAUACACCCACCACUCUACAACACACGGUGUCCGUGUCCGUGGUGGCAGCAGUCCGUGCCUCAAGAACACCACCAGACUGAGAGAACAUACUGGCAUAAUGAACAGUGGACGAGCCAUGACAGCCUCAGUCUUCAACCAAGUUACGAGAAUGUAAGAAUGACUGUCACACUACCAUGCACGGAACAGUUCAAAGCCACCAUGGAUGGAACAGUUCAAAUCCACCAUGGAUGGAACAGUUGAAAGCUACCGUGGAUGGAACAAUUCAAAGCCACCAUGGAUGGAACAAUUCAAAGCUACCAUGGAUGGAGCAAUUCAAAGCCACCAUGGAUGCAACAGUUCAAAGCCACCAUGGAUGUAACAGUUCAAAGCCACUAUGGAUG